AUGUCGUCCGAUCUGAAAAAUCAUGUUGCUGCCUCGCCGUUUCCGCAAGUGAAUGGAACUUCAUUGCCAACGAGCAAUGGCAAUGUUCCCAAUAUCGACGCAGUUCCGCUCGCCGUCGUCGGGAUGGCAUUCAAGUUUCCGCAGGGGUUGGACACGGCGGAUUCGUUCUGGGAGGCCCUUUGCGCCGCGCGUUCAGCGUGGUCGCCAUUCCCCUCCAGUCGUUUGAACUCCGAUGGCGUCUACGACGCGGAUGAAGAGCGGCUGAAUAGCUUUCCUCUCAAAGGCGCGCAUUUUGUAGACGGAGAUGUUGGCGCUUUCGAUGCCCCAUUCUUUACACUUGGUCCGGCUGAAGCAGCAGAAAUAGACCCUCAGGCACGCACUCUGCUGGAGACCACGUACCAUGCUCUGGAGAACGCUGGAAUCCCGAUAUCCACGAUUGCUGGCACAAAAACUUCAGUUCACACCGGGACCUUCGCGGAGGACUAUAAAGGGUUCUUCAUAGAAGACCCCCAGUUUGCGGGCAGAUAUGCGGCUAGCUCUCUUUCACCGAACAUGCUCGCCAACCGCAUCAGCUGGUUCUAUGAUUUGCGCGGAGAGUCGGUGAAUAUGGAUACAGCCUGUUCCAGUACCUUGGUUGCGCUGCAUGCUGCUUGUCAAGGACUGAGAACAAGAAGUUCAGAUACGGCUAUCAUGGCGGGCGCGAACCUCUUCUUAAGUCCCGACACCGCAACGUUUCUCAACAACCAAGGUUUCCUCUCCCCCGACGGACGAUGCUUUAGCUUUGACGAAAGGGCAAAUGGAUACGGCAGAGGAGAGGGAUUUGGCGCCGUUAUCCUGAAACGAUACGACGACGCACUCCGCGAUAAGGAUUCAAUCCGGGCCAUCAUCCGCGCAACGGGAACAAACCAGGACGGUCGGACACCGGGCAUUGUCCAGCCAAGCCCGGAGGCUCAAAGCAGACUGAUUAAGGAAACAUACCGGAAGGCUGGAGUUGAUAUGCGUUUGACGAAGUACGUUGAGGCGCAUGGAACAGGGACCGCUGUCGGAGACCCUAUCGAGGCGGCUGCCAUAGCAGAUGCAUUUGGCGAACACAUAUCGCCCGAGAAUCCGCUCUAUGUGGGAACAGUCAAAUCCAACAUCGGGCAUCUUGAGGGUGCCAGUGGCGUGGCGGGGAUGAUCAAGAGCAUUUUGAUGCUGGAGCGCGGGACGAUACCCGGCAUUGCGGGGCUGGAGACACUAAACAAGACGAUAGAAGAGAGGCAAAGAAGUCUCAAGUUCCCUAGGGAAUCGUGUCCCUGGCCGACGGACGGGCAGCGAAGACUCUCAAUCAGCUCCUUUGGGUUUGGCGGGACCAACGCCCACGUUGUUAUGGAUGAUUCUGCGCAUUAUCUGCACCCCCACGACGGUGAAAUCCCAAACGGCAAAUCAAUCUGGUACGACGGUCCCAGACUUCUUGUCUUCUCCGCACAAGACGAAGACGGCAUUUCCCGACUCGAGACCGCAUAUAACGAACAUCAUGCUCGUACCUCCGACCCUCACAAUCACCAUUACCUCUCACAGUUGGCAUUUACCCUCAGCGAGAGAAGAAGCGCACUCCUUUGGCGCUCCUUCGCGAUCUGCCGCUCCCCAGAACAUUUGAAAGAUGGCCUCAAACUCUCGCCUCCGGUGAGAUCAAUCAGUGCACCCAGGUUAGCUCUGUGCUUCACAGGCCAGGGCGCACAGUGGUAUGCCAUGGGGCGAGAGCUGGAAACCUAUGAGAGCUAUUCUAGGAGUUUAGUUGCUUGUGCAGAAGAACUCAAGUCGUUGGGAUGCACAUGGGAUCUUCACUACGAGCUUUCCCGCGCACCAGAGGAUACUCGAGUGAACGAACCUGAAAUUAGCCAGACACUGUGUACUGCCCUGCAGCUGAGCUUGGUUGACCUCCUCGAGAGUACUGGUGUGCAGGCGACGGUGGCAGUGGGCCACUCCUCUGGCGAGAUUGCAGCUGCAUACGCCCUCGGUGCUCUGGAUAGGCGGUCCGCCCUCGUCGUGGCGUAUCAUCGCGGCAGGUUGGCUUCCCGACUGGCUAGAGACAACUCCCAGCCAGGCGGCAUGCUUGCUGUUGGGAUAUCCGAGACAGAAAUCACGCCUUACUUUGAGGCCGUCAGUAAUAGGUUCGGAAAGCUCGAUAUCUCAGUUGGAUGUAUAAACAGCCCUCGGAGUAUCACUGUUACUGGAGAUAAGAAGCAGAUAGAGUACCUCAGAGGUCUGCUCGAAAACGACAGCGUCUUUGCUCGUGGGCUCGCCGUUACUGUGGCAUAUCAUUCAAAGCAUAUGCAGGCCAUUGCCGAAGAGUAUGGAAUGGCUAUAGGGACGCUUGAUGGACGUGUCGGCCGAGUCGCCGCUCACAUGAUCUCUUCUGUCACUGGGGAUAUUGUAUCACCAGCACAGGUUGGCCAAGCCGGCUACUGGGUAAAAAACAUGGUGUCGCCGGUUCGAUUUGCAGAAGCAUUCGCAAAGUCGGCUUUGCUUAAAAUCGCAGAUAACAACACGCUACUUGAUACGACUAGAAUCCAGUUCGAUGAUGUCCUUGAAAUAGGGCCCCACGCACUUUUGCAACGGCCUGUCAAAGACAUCCUAGCGUCUGUGUCCAGUCGAGGUCCAGUCCCUGGCUAUACGUCUGCACUAAUUCGAGAAGAAAGUGCAACCGAAACCCUGCUCGCGGCGAUAGGUCAUCUCCACUCUCGCGGCCACUACGUCGAUAUCUCAGUUUUGAACCAGAUUCCCUCUUCCAUCCGGCCCUUGAUAAACCUACCAUCAUACCCAUUCAAUCACACCCGCUCCUAUUGGCGCGAACCACGAAUCAGCAAAGGCCAUCGCUUCCGCCAGAACCCUCGGCACGACUUUCUUGGUCUCCGAGUCCCGGACUUCAAUCCAGGCCAGGCCAAAUGGCGACGCCGGCUUAGGCUCUCUGAGGAUCCCUGGCUCGAGGACCAUGUGAUUGCUCGCGUCAACAUCCUCCCGGCUGCUAUGGCUAUUGCGAUGGCCGUCGAGGGGUUGAAGAGCCUAGCUGCUGAAAGAGAGAAGAACGCCCUGGCGGGUUACCUCUUGAAGGAUGUGCGGUUCCUUCGACCUGUCACGCUUUCAGCAGAUGCGGAUGGGGUUGAGGUUGAGUUUUACCUCUCCGCUACUGGACAAGAGGAUGACCGCAAUGAGUCCUGGAGGGGUUUCCAACUUUACUGUCUUGAAAACGACUCCUGGGUUGAAGCGGCUCGGGGUAAAAUUUGCGGCAAGUAUGAGGACGAUCAAGGCCAGGUUGAUCGUGGUCUUGAGACACUGCUGGAGAGUGAACAACAUGCUGCAGAGCUUGUGCGCCUACAAGCCUCUUGUCAGCGCAGAGUUGACAUGUCGCGGCUUUAUCAAGCCCUAGCGGCCAACGGUGUUGACUAUGGCCCGACCCACCAAUGCAUCAAGACAUCCUCAUAUACCGACAACGACAACGGACCCUACGAAUGCCACGCUGCGAUAGAUCCGCACUCACAUCGUGCAAAAAGUCGAAAGUUCCACCAAAAUAAUUUCACUAUCCACCCCACCACACUCGAUGGACUCUUUCAUUUAAACGUCGUCCCCAUGACGAAGGGGGGAUCGAGGAUCCUGCCCAGUGUAGUGGCAGGGAUUCGAAGGAUGUUUAUCUCCGAGAAGGGCAUAGCCAAGAACAAGGACCAGGAUACCAUGCUUGCCUGGAACAAGUCCGCCUUUUCCGGGUCGAGUAAUGUGGCUUCUGACGUUGUUGCCUUUGACGCAUCCGGGACAGAAGCACUGGUUGUCUUGGAGGGUCUGGAGGCCAGAUACUUGAAAGAGGAACAAGGGCCGCAUGGGCAGGACGAAAUGACGAAAAGGCUGUGUUGGAACUUCGACUCGAAGCCUGAUAUUGAACUUCUCUCCCACGAUGAGCUGUAUGGGUACGUUAACGAAAAGGUUCCGAUGCAAAGCCCGCCGGUUGAGUUGGAUUUGGAUGUUAAAACUUUGGUUUACAUCUGCAUUCUGCGAUCUCUUAAGCAGUUGACAUCAGACCUUAUUGAGACAAUGGCGCCCCAUCAGCAACGAUAUGUGUCUUGGAUGCAGUAUGAGAAGGCGAAGUUCGCUGCGCUCGAUGAGAACAGUCUGAUCAAGAGAAGGGUCGAAGCACAUCUGCACGAUGAUACGUUUUAUAGUCAGCUACUCGAUACACUUGAAGCCCACAACAAUCAAACCAAACUGUUUGCUGUGAUUGCCCGGAAUCUUCCCGCAAUCCUACAAGGAUCCGUGGAUCCCGUGGAUCUGACUUUCAAAACACCCCUGGUGAAGGAAUACUAUCGCGAGGUCUACGAGAACUCCACCGCGCAAUCUCAAGCGCUGCACUUCAUAGACAUCUACGCGCACAAAUACCCACGCCUCAAAGUCCUAGAAAUAGGAGCUGGGACCGGCGGUAUGACCAAAGAUAUCUUGGACACAUUGACUAAAAUUGGAUCUGGCGAAUCCGGAAGAGGGACACCACGCUUCGACCAUUAUACGUACACGGAUAUAUCCGCUGGCUUCUUUACUGAUGCUGCCGCGCUCUUCGAAGCGUUCCCGGAGAAAGUAUCCUUCCAGGUGCUUGAUAUUGAAAAAGAUCCGGCCAUGCAAGGCUUCGAGGCCGGAGCAUACGAUCUCAUAAUAGCAGACAACGUGUUCCAUGCUACCCGGGACUUGGACGCAACCGUCAAGCAUGCACGCAAGCUACUCAAGCCCGAUGGAAAGCUGGUCCUCUUUGAGCUGACAAGCCCAGAUGUCACGCGGCUAAACUUUGCUUUUGGGGUUCUGCCGGGCUGGUGGCGCUUUGAGGACCAGUAUAGAGAGCUCAGCGCUGGUGCGGAGGUGACAACGUGGAAUCAUGUCCUAAGCAAGAACGGCUUUGCCGGAAUCGAGCUUGAAAUCAAGGAUUACGCCGAGCGUGAGUCUCAGGAGCACAGUGUGCUCAUUUCAACGGCAGUGAAAGACCUACCUCAACAACCCAGUCUUGAUCUUCCACGGACGGCAGUUGUAUAUGACGUGAAUGACCCGGUCCAGAAAGCUGUUUCAGAAAUGUUACUAUCACGCAUCCAAGAACUCGGGGCCGACACUGCCGCAGUUAGUCUGGAUGACGCAGCGCAACUGGCACGCCAAGGAAAGUGGUUCUUCGUGGUUAUUCUCGAACUUGGGGACGGGGUUCUUUCUACCCUCGAUGCCAAUGUGUACUCGCCGUUCAAAAAGCUUCUCGAAGCUGCUGAUGGGAUGCUCUGGGUCUGUCGAGGCGGCGGCUUCCGGCCACAGCUACCGGAGCACGCUAUGAUUCAGGGCGCAUUCCGCGGUAUCCGCCUUGAAGAGCUGGCGUCAAAAUUUAUCUCUCUAUCGCUAGACCCAUCCUCAACCUCACCGGCGCGCAUGUCGGACUUGAUAUUACGGGCUUUCGACGCCGUUGUUACGAGGCAUGUGAACGAGUGCGAACAGGAGUAUGUCGAGCGCCACGGGCGUCUCUGCGUUGAUAGGCUGAUCGAAGCCGAUUAUAUCAAUGAGAAGAUACCUGACCUCACGGCCGAGGUAGAGGAGGGAGAGUCGGCUUUUGGAGCGCACAAGGCAUUGCGCCUCAACAUCGCGACACCGGGAUUGCUAGAUACAUUGCAAUUUAUCGACGAUGAGUCUACUCUUCCACCACUAGGCCCCGACGAGAUUGAGAUCAAGGUUGAAGCAUGCGGCGUCAAUUUCCGUGACUGUCUAAUUGCCCUAGGACGCAUUGCCGGUGACCGUUUUGGCUUCGAGUGUGCGGGUACUGUAUGUCGCAAAGGCAGUGAGGUGCGAGACCUGAAUGUCGGCGAUAGAGUCUGCGCCAGUGCAAUCGGGACGUACCAGACAUAUGCCCGCUGCAAGGCUAGUGAUGCAAUUCCUAUACCCGACGGCAUGAACAUCGCCGAAGCAGCCGCCCUUCCGAUUGUCUUCGGUACAGCCUACUACGCUCUGAUCCAUGUCGCAGAUAUCCAGCCAGGCGAAACGAUUCUCAUCCACUCGGCGGCAGGGGGGACGGGACAGGCCGCUAUCCAGAUUGCGAAACUCCGCGGCGCAGUGAUCUUUGUGACUGUUGGCUCAGAGGAGAAAAAGAAGCUGCUGAUGGAUCUCUACGAGAUAUCCGCUGAGCAUAUCUUCGACAGUCGCAAUGCGUCCUUUGCCAAGGGGAUCCAUCGCAUGACGGGCGGACGGGGAGUUGAUGUCGUUUUGAACUCGUUGAGCGGCGAUUUACUAGUGAGCAGCUGGGAAUGCGUCGCUCCAUUCGGUCGUUUCCUUGAACUGGGAAAGAAAGAUAUACUUGGGAAUGGAGAUCUACCAAUGCGGCCUUUUGAGCGGAAUGCCUCGUUCCAUGCCAUCGACCUUAAUGAAGCACGGAGGUAUCGACCGGCCUUGCUGCAACGGUUACAGAAAGAGAUUGGGAAUCUCAUAGCAGACCAUCAAGUCACACCUCCACGCCCAAUCCACGUCUAUCCCGUCAGCGAGGUUGAACAAGCGUUCCGUUACUUGCAGGGCGGGAAGAAUACGGGGAAGACUGUGAUCGAGAUACGUGGGGACGAUGUGGUUAAGACGAAGCUCAACGUACAUCGCCCAUGGUCUUUUGAUGCGAACGCAACGUAUGUUAUUGCCGGCGGCCUAGGAGGUAUCGGUCGUGCGACCGCGCGGUGGAUGGCGAACAGGGGCGCGAAGAACCUUCUCUUGCUGUCUCGGUCAAGACCUAAUACAGAGGCGCAGCAAGUCAUUGAGGCCAUGGAAAAUGACGGCGUUCAUGUUGAAGUACGCGCGUGCGACAUCAGUGACUUUGAGCGUCUGAAAGUUGUCCUCGAGGAUAUUGGGCGAACGAUGCCUCCAAUCAAGGGCUGUAUACAAUCUGCUAUGGUUCUUCGUAACAAGGUAUUCGCCAAUAUGACCUAUACCGACUGGGAAGAAGCGGUGCCGUGUAAAGUCGCUGGGACUUGGAACCUACAUUCACUUCUCCCUAGCGGGCUAGACUUCUUCAUCACGUACUCUUCCAUCGUGGGUGGGAUAGGAGGCACAGCGGCCGUCAACUAUGCCGCCGCCUGCGUUUAUCAAGACGCUCUAGUCCACUACAGGAACGGUUUGGGGGAGCGUGCAACGACCCUCAACCUAGGCGUGAUGUUGGAUGAUGGCGUUUUGCGCGAUAAUGAUGCCGUGCGCAAUGCGCUUACAGCUUCAGGAUAUCCCAUCGGCAUCUCUCAGAAAGAAAUGUUUGCAUUGCUGGAGUAUCACUGCGAUCCAUCGCUCGAGAUCCCGGAUACGCCGCUCCGGUCGCAAGUCCUGGUGGGUCUCAAUACACCCCUGGGCCUGGCCGCGGAAGGACGCGAGAUCCCUGUUCUUCUUAAUCGACCGUUGUUCAGUGGGACGUGGAAUAUAGUUGACUCUAGCACAUCAGCGACAACCAACGCCGCUGAAGACACAGGAGGCAAUGUGGAUGUCCUCCGCCAGCUAGCAACCAUCACCUCCAUGCAGGACGCAACAGAUAUCAUUGCCGAAUCGCUAAUGCAGCGACUCAGCAAGGCAAUUGGCGUCCCGCUCAAGAACCUGGAUGCCGGCAAGCCGAUGAACCAGUACGGAGUCGAUUCGCUGGUGGCCGUGGAGUUGCGGAACUGGUUUAAAUGGAAGCUGGAUGCGGAUAUCGCGGUGUUUGAGAUGCUGGGCAAGAUGAGCUUUGAGGAGAUGGGGCGGAUUGCGGCGGGGAAGAGUUUGGUGGUCAAGGGGAUUUUGUCGUCGUGUUCGGCUUCGGACAGCAAGUGA